CAGGCGGCCACCUGCCGGUUCAACACAGAAUACGAACUAGCGAUGAUGAAGCGGUUCUAUGACACCAAUCCGUCGUUCCAAAGGUACUCGACCGCCUUCAACCGUCAGCUGGAGACCGUCAGAAGCAACGUGAAAUGGAUGAAGCACAACUACGCCAGAAUCAGUCAGUGGUUCCAAAAGGCGGCGCAGUCGUCGUGGACGAUGGCAGAUCCGAAACUUAAGUCUCGAAAGCACGGCGCCGUCGCGUUGGACGUGGUGGCCGAGCGCAGCUGA